AGAGGGCUAAAAUGCGAAUAUAAUUAACUUCAUAACCAGUUUCAAGUUACCAUUUAGGGAACACAACUCGUUAAGUGGCGGUCCCUAAGCUGGAGCUCAAGUACCUAAAUAUCCCGCUCGCGAUUUAGAGUAUUUAGGAGUAAUCUGCGGGCCUGAGCGGAGCGAGUGCAGUACGCAUCCUCAGCGCAUGAUCGAGCGACGACCGGGCCGGAGUAUCCACUCAGUACCCUCCUCGCCGCCACCGCCGCCGGUCGUCUCGCACGAGCUCGCGACAGCCCCCCCAACACCGACCGACCCUCUCAAACGCAAGGGUGAACCGCCCCCAUGCGAUGGCUAGCCACCACGCGACUCGCCCAACCUGCAAACGCUUAUAGUGCUUAAAAUAAUUUCGUGCAACGAACUUGUGAGAGUUCACAAUCGUGAUUUAAAACACCUGUGGCGAUAUCAGCAGCAGUAAAACCGCCAAAAUGAGACAAGAUAGCGAUGCCUCGGCGUUAGCUGAACGAAUAGCCGCGUUCAAGAGCGAUCCGGAAAAACUACGACAGGCAUCAGAAUUUGUUGACGAACUCAUACAACAAGCAAAAAAAGAGGCUGAACUUAAACAAAAAGAGAAAGAAAGAAGUAAAUUCGAAUCCCAAGAUCUGAGUCCGGGCAACAUGAAGAGGCGGCUGGGUCGAGCGCGGGGCUUCGUUCUCCGCAUGUUCGACGCGCUAUGCAACUGCACGCAGACCGCUGCUGCCGCCGCUGCACGCUCCACAGCCCGCAACAAUCCCUUCACAAAGCGCUAACCCGAUCGCAACUCACCUGUUCAUCAUUAGCGCGAGUACUGACCGAGUCACAAUAGAAAAUCUAAAGUACGCCCCUCUUCUAACUUUACCCAAUAAGUUAUAUGGAGCGUUUGCGUUGAAAGAUUGAUGAACUAGAACAAUUUUCUGAUAAAAAAACUUUACCAACCCGAUUGUCCUUCAGGAAAGUUUAUUGUACGAGCUAACGCAUUGGAUAGUGAAGGCCCUUUAUUUUCGUCUAGAAGAGGAGCUUUAUCAACUAUGUAAGAAAAGUUUAAAGUAUUAAGGAUGUGGGUAACAUAUCUUUAAGUGAGACGAGAGAGAAUUAGCAGGGGAUUUAGUAGUAACUAUGGAAGAACAGAAUCUUGAUGUUGAAGUUUUGAACCUUAUCUACCUUACCAAUUGCAUUGACGAGUCAAAGAGCUACACAUAACCCUAACGGGAUAUUAAGAUUUAUAUUCUGUUCAUCGGGAGAAGUAAAUGGAAUGGAAAAGCGAAGAUUUUUAGGCACACUGAAGAAUUGACAACGUUUUGUCCAGUCGUGCGUGUCUGGCGUCUGUCUAUUCGAUGAAGGUCGAAGGUUCGUGUGGAAUCUCAAAGGGAUCGCUCGAUUAGGAUUUUUAUGGACAUUUGACAAUAUUAAUCUAGGACAAACUACAUGACAUGAAUAUCAUAUUUGCACAGAGAAAAAAUAAGAAAUAAUGAAAUAAGUUGGAUGUUUUUUGGAUGCCAUUGUGGUAAGGAAUUUACAAAUGUACAUACGAUCCAGAAUCAACAAAAUAAGGGUCAAGAUUUUUCCGAAAGUUUUUGGACGUAUUGGGUUAGGUACCAAAUUUUUACGUUAAAGCUCUUUGCCUUGUCAGUGUUCUAUUCUGGUUUCUCCUUAAAUCGGUACCUUCGUGUCUUCCUUAGCAUAAUAUAGUCCCCCAAUGUAACAUGGUGUUUUGUGAUCGGUGUGAUGACGCUUAUAGACGUAAGUUAGAAUAGCAAUAUCUUGUAGGUCUAGGAACUCUGUCUACGUUUAUAAUCAUUGGAUAUUCAUGUGUUCUAUGAUUUAUUUUGGAAAUGUAUAUACACAGUAUAUUCGAUUUUUAUAUGCCGUAUACCUGUCGAUUGCUAUAACAUUUACCUUAUAUUUGAAAGUUUGGUACCUACAUGUUCUUGUAUAUUUUCAUAAUUCUUUGAAAAAUUUGUGUUACUUACUUAUUUGUCUAUAAGUAAAACUUUCCAUUCACAAAUGUGUAGUUUGAAACGUAUUUUGGUUAUAGUAUAUAAGAUAAUAAAUAAAUGUACUUCUAUGAAUCCGCACAAUGAAUUUCUUAUAGAAUUGAUUUAUAAAGAUGCUCAAACGGUUUACCUGCUAUAUUAACUUUAUACGUACCUACGUCUAUUUAUUUAAUAAUACUUUUAAAAAUAAUUUAAUAUAUUUGCUUAAUAUAUUUACAUUUUUAAUCUUUUUUAUAUUUAUUGCAACUUACAUUAUUUUUCACUGCAAAUAAAAUACACAACUUUUUAUUAAGAAAAUAAAAUAAAAUAUAAAUGUUGAACAGUCUGUAAUGCUGUGUAGUUUUGUAGUCUUAAAAAGCAAUGUAAAAAUGAAACAAAAUAAUAAAUACUGGAGCUUGAAAUUAGGAAUAAAUUAUGUGUCUUAUAACAAUUAUAACAAAAAAAAUUGGAAAUAUAGUACCUAUUGAAAUUUAUAUUUUUCAAUGUGAAAAUGAUAAGUGUACAGUUUCAGAGCGUUCCUUCUUGGUGUAUCAAAAUCUAUGUUAAAAAUAAAACACUUAAAUAAAUGUUCAAUGUGAUAUCCUGCCUGUAUUCUCUACCUGUAAUUCCUGUGUGAUUCUUACAUUUUCUUCUGAAAUAAAGUGAUUUUGUAAUUUA